GAGAGAGAGCGAGAGAGAGAGCGAAAAGAGGUAGAGAGGAAUUCAGUCCUGUUAAAAUUGGAAUCUAAAGCGCAGAGAGGAAAAGGGACGCAGACACAGAAACCAAGAGAGAGAGAAAAGUGGAGACAGAUUUAUUUCACGCACGGGAAAAACAGGGAAACGAGUAGGAGAAAAGGAAAGGAGGAGAGAGGAAAAGAGGCAUCGGGUUUUUUCCUCUUAAUUUGGCUCCUUUCACUCUCAUGACUCAAAGAGGAUUCCAGUUAAAUUCACCCGGUCGGGAGGAAUUGAUGGUGUCUUUUCGGGAGAGCAGAGCCGAGGGGAGGAAUCUGAAUGCGCUCGGCUGAACCAUGCCAGCCCUGUGGAUCAUAACUUUGGCGAUCACUUUGAACCAAGUGUGGUGCAUUCGCUUCUCGCAAGAGCCUGCGGACCAGUCAGUGGUACUGGGAGAACGGGUGGUGUUGUCCUGCGUGGUCUUCAACUACAGCGGCAUUGUCCAGUGGACCAAAGAUGGCCUGGCUCUCGGCAUCGGAGAGGGUCUACGAGCCUGGCCUAGGUAUCGUGUGCUGCGGGCUCUGGACAUCGGCCAGUACAACCUGGAGAUCUCCAAUGCCGAGCUGUCUGAUGACUCUCUGUACGAGUGUCAGGCCACAGAGGCUGCCCUGCGCUCCAGGAGGGCCAAACUCAAUGUACUCAUCCCUCCUGAGGACCCGGUGGUCGAGGGAGCCCCGGAGCUCCUGCUGAUGGCCGGGACUCCAUACAACCUGACCUGUGUGACCCGCGGGGCCAAGCCUGCAGCACACAUCCAGUGGACCAAAGAUGGAGUCCCUGUGGAGGGGGCCCACCAGUCCACGGAAGUGCUACCAGACAGAAAGAGGGUGACGACCAGGAGCUACCUGCCCAUCACACCUAUCGACACUGACAGCAGCCGCAACUUCACCUGUGUGGCCAGCAACCCGGCGGUGCCAAUGGGAAAACGAGCCACUGUUAUGCUCAAUGUCCACCACCCUCCUAUGGUGACCCUGUCCAUCGAGCCUCGCUCUGUCCUGGAGGGCGAGAGAGUCACCUUCACCUGCCAGGCCACUGCCAACCCUCCCAUCAUUGGCUACAGGUGGGCAAAAGGUGGCGUGCUGCUGGAAGGGGCCAGGGAAAGUGUGUUCGUUACCACAGCAGAUCACUCCUUCUUCACUGAGCCUGUGUCCUGUCAAGUUUUCAACGUUGUGGGAAGCACCAACGUCAGCAUCCUGGUGGACGUGCACUUUGGCCCAAUACUGGUAGUGGAGCCCAGGCCAGUUACGGUAGAUGUGGACUCAGACGUCACUCUAAACUGCAAGUGGUCUGGAAACCCCCCUCUCACCCUCACCUGGACGAAGAAGGGCUCCAGCAUGGUGCUCAGCAACAACAACCAGCUGUAUUUGAAGUCGGUGAGCCAGGCCGAUGCAGGCCAGUAUGUCUGCAAGGCCAUCGUGCCCCGGAUUGGAGUUGGAGAGACUGAAGUUACGCUCACUGUCAACGGCCCUCCCAUCAUCUCCAGUGAUCCAGUCCAGUACGCUGUCAGAGGGGAGAGAGGAGAGAUCAAGUGUUACAUUGCCAGCACCCCCCCACCUGAUAAGAUUGUUUGGGCUUGGAAGGAGAACGUGUGGGAGAAGGAGAAGGGCACCCUGAUGGAGAGGUACACCGUGGAGCAGAGUAAACCACCAUCCCAGGGCGGGGCCGUCCUCUCCACCCUCACCAUCAACAACGUCAUGGAGUCUGACUUCCACUCGCCUUACAACUGCACCGCCUGGAACUCCUUCGGACCCGGCACCAUGAUCAUCACACUGGAGGAGACGGAUAUCGUUCCGGUGGGAAUUAUCGCCGGUGGUACGGUGGGCUCCUCCAUUCUGCUGCUUAUGUUUCUACUGGCGCUUGCCUUCUUCCUGUACCGCCAACGCAAAGGCAGUCGCCGAGGUGUCACCCUCGGUAAACCAGACAUCAAGGUAGAGACAGUCAACAAAGAGACCCACAGCCUGGAGGAGGAGGCAGCCGACGUCUCCACAGCAACCCGGAUGGUCAAGGCCAUGUACUCCUUUCUGCCCUCUGUUUCCCUCUCUCCCUCCACUCAGCCAUUCAAAGACGACAUGGACCUGAAGCAGGACAUCAGGAGCGAGAGCGACACCAGGGAGGAGUACGAGCUCAAGGAUCCAACAAAUGGUUACUACAAUGUCCGAGCCACCACCCAUGAUGAGGCGCGCCCCCAGUCCCGUGCCAUCCACUACCAGGGCGAAUUCCGUUCCCCGAACCCAAACAGCGGACCAGCCGGUGCCACCUCCAGCGGACCCCCAGCUGGCGCCAGUGGUGCUGUUCCCCCCAGUGCAGUGCCAGGUUCAAGGGCAGGCUGCUAUGACCCUCGCCCACCUUCCAGGAUGUCCCAUGCCACCUAUGCUCAGUUCAACACCUUCACCAGGGUGGCGCAGAGCCAGCAAGCACCUCCCAAUCCAGCUCUUCAGUCACCUGGAGAAUACCCCGGAGACUGCGGCCUGCUGGACAGCACAACACAGCUGGCCUACGACAACUACGGAUACCCUUCCCAGUAUCCCAGCUACCGAAUGGGCUUUGCUCCGCCCAUAGAAGAGGGACCAGCCUAUGAGAUGUAUCCAACAGGACAAGGGACCGGGCCAGGGCCAGGGCCGGGUCCCGGGCCUGGACAGCAAAGUCCUGAAACAGGGCUGGGGCAGUAUGGAACCGCCACUCGCUUCUCGUAUUCGUCUCCACCCUCUGACUAUUCCCAAAGACACACACAGCGGAUGCAGACUCAUGUUUGAGAAACACACACUCUUUGACUUGCUUUUUGCAGCUGCAGUACUUAUUACACAUAAAACAAAAACACAAAAAAAUAAAAAAUACAUAAACAUUUGAGAUUCAGUUUUAAGAUUCCAUUGCAUCCAGUGCAUGGAAUUUGGUUCAUUUUCUGAACCAAUAAAACAUCACAACAAUGCACAGCAGUUAGCAGCAUCGCAUAUAAUACAGUUAGCAGCAAUACAUACAACAUGCAAAGCGACAUUCACACACAUUUGCGCAAACCCUCUGUUGCGUGCAGUGUUUAUGCUCCAUUGAAAGCAACAGCGAGAGCCACAAUCAAGAGAAAAGAGACAAAAAGAGAAGAAGAGCACUUUGAAGACAGGAAGAAGAAGAGCGCCAGGAGCUUAAGGAGGAACAGAGGAACCUUUUUCUUCCUGCAAUCCUCGUCUUGCUCUUGGAUCAUCUCCCUGCAUCACAUUUCCCUCCCACCCCAUCUCUGUAAAUAAGUGCAAAUGGAGAUUUGGGUCAUUUUGAAGUUAUUUCCUUGUACAAACCUAUACAGUGUGAUGCAGUACAGUGACCUACAGCAACCCUCCCUGUAAUCCACACAUUUUGCAUUUUCUGACUCUCACAUAUUGCAAAAAACACACACAUAAACAAAUCUUUGAAGACUUAUUUGUUUUGAUGUAUUGCAGCAAAGGGCAGCUUGGACUAUAAAUAUAUUUGGCACUUUUUGAUCCCUUUUUCUCACUUAAAACGUGCCCAGUGGCCAUUGCUUUCAAGAUCUACCUUGAUUUAAGUGGGGCAGAGCUUCUUAAAGUGGUACAGUUAGUGACCAGAGUGCCAAUGCUUAUGUGCCAAUACACACAAACUGUUAUGGUGUGUCUUCUUUUGUAAAAAGUGGACAAUAAGGUGGUCUGGAUGAAGAGGUUUUGUACAUGCCACAUCUGAGAGGAAAGGAAAGGAGUGGUAGCAAGCGUCUCUGUAUGCUCAUUCUUCUCCUCAUCUGUCAUUUUUAAUCAUCAUGAUACAUUUCUAUACUUAACAUUUCACACGAGGUCAAUGCUGUAUACAGUGUUUGUGAAACGAGGUGCGGCGGGAGCACUUUUUCAUUCAAUGAAUUUCUGCAAUUUGUACAAAAAGAUACCUCCCCUACCCUCAAGUGUCAAACAGUAUUUGUUUCUCUCACUUGCACAGUAGUAUAGAUUUUUUUUCCAUAUUUAUACCGAAACGUAUGAAAAAAAAUGGCAUUCAGAAACAUUUUAUAGUAUUUUUAUAAGGAGUUGUGGACCAAAGGUUCAGCGUUUUGGGUGAAACUCACUUUUUAAUGUGUAUGUGGCGACAUGAUCGUUAUUGGAAACGUUUUGAGUUUCUUUGAAAAGCGAUGGAUGGUGUUUUUCAAGUGGAUGUUGUAGACUUAAAUUAGAAAAUUUGAAGAGCUUCAUUCCAAAAUGAUAAAUAUCCAGCAAGGGCAAAUCUGUUUGGUGGAUAUCUCUGUUUGGUGUGAAACUCUUUCUUUGACUUCCAGUCUUCUGACUGGACUGCCUUUUUCGCACGUCGACGACAUUCAAAAUGAUGGAUGGAGAACAAACAGCUGCUCACUCUGAGCUGUGCUGUGAACUUUGUAAGCGAUGAGAAGGUUCAAGUGUAGUCUAACAUAUCAAAAUGAAGGUACAGAGGGUUCUAUCUAGCUCAUAUGGUACUUUGUACAUUUAUAUGUAAGUAUACUGGUUUGUUCACUGCAACAGAAUAUUUGGUGGUAUUUUAUGUCUGAGAUUUUUUCAUUAUAUUGUGUCAGCUGUGGUACGUGUGGUUGGCCUUUAACCUCACAGGUUCAUAAUGAUCAGCAUUUAAAAUGUUGCUACUAACCUCUAACCUCUACUGAUGCAGCUAUUAUACAUGUUUUAAUGAAUCUCUACCACCCCACUAUCAAAUUAUUUUCCACCAAGAGAGAAGAUUAAAUUUGUAUGGCCGACAGGAUCUCGCAGCGCCUGCAGUCGUAGUUUUGUUUAAUUACUCAACACCAACCAAGACCAAAUUCACACUAUGGUCAGCUUGCAAAAAGCAGUGUGAAUGUACCUGUCUGCAGUUUGAACCAUUAAAUGAUUUACUCUUUUCUUUCCUGAUAUCAAUAUUUUGAUGACUUAUUAUAAUUAAGAUAGUAUAAAAAAGAAGCCUUACUCAUAGAAAAAAGUUGUCUCAGUGUUAACUAUGGAUGCAACCACUGACCCAGGAUUGAAGACAUUUAUUUCAUAGUUAUAGAGAACUAAAAACUUUGAAUGGCUGCAUUUGGCUCCAUUUUGCAUUCUCCAUAUAGAAAACAAUCAGACAUCUUAUUGGCUGUUGAUGAGCAGUGAGCCCAAGAAUUCUGUUUUGGCCAACUUAUGUGAGCCAUUUCUUCUGACGUUCACCUCUACAUGAAACAAUUUGACCUCCAGCCCCUUCCACCAGUUGUAGAAAUGGUUCAUGUUUGCACACUGAACUUUGUGAGAGAGAUUGGCUUGCACUCUUCAAUGAACCCUCACACAACUUCACCUUUAAUGGUGACAAUCAUGUGCUGAUUAGCCUCCACAGCGGCAGAUCAAUCUUUAUUUUAUACUGAGGUUGGAUUUAUAAGGUUCCAUCACUAAUGUAACCAUUUGUCAGCUUUAAUUCUUUAAAGGAACAGUGUGUAGGAUUUAGGGUGAUUUAGUGGCAUCUAGUGGUGAGGAUUGCAGAUUG